AUGUCUACUAGAAAUUGGAAAAGGAUUUUAAAAUAUACUGGAGGUGUUUUUACCGUUAGUUUAGGUUUUACAUUAUUUUCUAACGAAUUUGAUUUUAAUUCUAUUGGAAUUGUUAGGUUAGGACGUGUUGCUUUCGCGGCUGGUAGAAUAGCAAAUCAUUAUAAAAAAACUCUUUAUUCAUCUACACUUGAUCCAGAUUCUCAAGAAUAUAAAAUUCUUAAAUCGAAAGCUCAUCAUGAAGCUGCUGAAAUUUUACUCGAUCUAUGUUGUGCGAAUAAAGGUGUCUAUAUAAAAGUCGGACAACAUCUUGCCACAUUAGAUUAUCUGGUACCACCUGAAUAUAUUAAAGUGAUGAAAGUACUUCAUUCGAAUGCUCCAAAAUCUUCAUUGAGUAGUGUGUAUAAAGUCCUUCGACAAGAUUUAAAAGCAGAGCCUUCAGAAAUUUUUGAAUAUUUCGAAGAAGUACCAUUGGGAACUGCUUCGCUUGCACAGGUACACAGAGCCAGGUUAAAAAAAGAUGGAUCGUUAGUCGCUGUUAAAGUACAACAUUCAUUAGUAAUGGAUAAUUCGAAAGCAGAUAUGAGAGCGAUGGAAGUAAUUGUUAAAAUAAUGUCAUCAUUAUUUGAAGAUUUUCGUUUUCAAUGGCUCAUUGAUGAAACAAAAUUAAAUUUACCAAAAGAACUUGAUUUUCUUAACGAAGCAAAAAAUGCUGAAAAAAUUCAAAAUAUACUUAAGGAUUUCAAGUGGCUUAAGAUACCGAAGGUUAACGAAGAAUAUUCGACGAGUCGAGUAUUAAUAAUGGAAUUUGCUGAAGGAGUUCAAGUCACGGAUUUAAACUACAUAAAUGAUAAAAAAGUCGAUAGGAUAACGUUGUCGACGAAAUUGGGAGAACUUUAUUCCCACAUGAUAUUCAAACAUGGUUUCGUACACAGCGAUCCACAUCCUGGAAAUAUAUUGAUCAGGAAGAAAGAAAAUGAUAAUUUGGAAAUUGUUCUUCUAGAUCACGGACUAUACGCCUCUUUAAGCGAAGAAUUCAGAUGGAAUUAUUCGAAAUUUUGGAUGAGUAUUUUAAAAAGAGACGUCGAAGGUAUGAAAGUAAACAGUGAAAAAUUAGGGAUAGGUACUUUGUAUCCCAUAUUAGUUUGUAUGGUCACGGGAAGAACCUGGAAUUCCGUUACUGGAGGAAUCGAUAAGAUUCGUUAUACCGAAGCCGAAAAAGAAGAAUUUGUUAGCACCGUACCUAAUUUAUUGACACAAAUCGGUGAAGUUUUACAAUCAGUUAACAGGGAAAUACUUUUAAUAUUGAAAACAAACGAUCUUUUACGUGGUAUCGAACAUUCAUUGAACGUACACAAAAGACAACCAUCUUUUCUAGUCAUGAGUAAAUGUUGUUUGGAAAAUAUAUACGAUGAAAAAAUGAGACAUUCCAAAAGUAUCAUUGAAAGAUUUUACAUACGUUUUUGGAAACAAUGGAUUAUUCUCAGAUUAAACGUUUAUUAUUUUUACACGAGUUUAAAAUCGAAAAUGGUAGCUUGA